AUGGCAUCCAACAGCCUCUUUAGUUCUGUGACCCCAUGUCAGCAGAACUUCUUCUGGGGGAAGAGCUUCAGCCUGACGAUUACAGUAUUCACAAACCCACCGCAAGUGGCCACUUACCACAGAGCCAUUAAGGUCACGGUGGACGGACCGCGGGAGCCCAGGAGGCACAGGCCGAAGCUGGAUGACUCACCGAAGGCCGGACUAUUCUCUGACCGUCUCAGUGAACUGGAGCGUAUCCGGCAGACCACCAUGCGGGUUACCAUGCCAACACAAACGCCACGGCCCUCACUUAGCAGCCCCAACUCCUUCACACCUCAGGGGCAGACGCAGAUAACAGAUCCACGCCAGGCUCAAUCUUCCCCACCUUGGUCAUAUGACCAGACGUACCCAUCGUACCUGAGUCCCAUGGCCUCCCCGUCCGUGCACUCCACCACCCCGCUCUCAUCCAGCCGGGCCACAGGGCUGCCGUCCAUCAGCGAUGUGCCCAGACGCCUCCCAGGUUCAACAGAUUUGAGUCCUUUUCCAGGCCAGUUUGAGCGUCAGUUCCCCGCUUUCUCCUCACUCACCGAGAGCCGAUUUUCCAGUCCCAGAAUGCACUACCCAGCCACCUUCACGUACACGCCCACCCCCGUCACCAACGGAAUGUCCCUCGGCAGCGCUCACUACCAUACCUACCUUCCCCCGCCGUACCCCGGCUCCACCCAGAGCCAAAGCGGACCCUUCCAGAGCAGCAGCACACCUUAUCUCUACUACGGUGCCUCAUCGGGCUCCUACCAGUUCUCUAUGGUUCCAGGAGGAGACCGAUCGCCCACUCGGAUGAUGCCGCCUUGUACUAGCGCGUCCACGGGAACCAGCCUGGUCAACCCAAACCUCCCGGUCCAGGCUGAUGGAAGUGGGGGGGUGGAGGGAGACGGUAGUCAUAGCAACUCCCCCACUCUGCUUCAUCCUGCUGGCAGAAUGGACGAAGGCGUGUGGCGGCCAUAUUGAUCAGACAGUUACGUGAGCGUGGAAGCUCCAAAAGAACGGCAUGGUUUUAAAGCACAAACCUUACUUGGAUGUUCAUCCUGUCUCGCUGAGCUACUUUCCCUCGCUAACAUGAGUAUUUAUGAGCCUGUUGAAAGGGAAGUAUUUUCUACAUUGGACUUUGUUGUUGUAAUACAUUAUUCUGGACCUUUUGACCUCUGGGAAUCAUUGUCAUAGGCGGGAUUAUUUGGAAUUGAAGGAAUAGCGAUGGAUCGAGUAUUUCAUUAGCAUUUUGUUGUUAUUUACUUGUCUUGGCAUGUUUUUAAUAUAUCAUUUAAAGCACUG